GACAGCAGAAAGAAAAGGAGUCCUCCAAGCCUCCUGUUUCUUUCUACAAACUCUUACAUUUAUUAUUUUUUUAUGGGAAAUGCAACUUAAAACCAAAGGCUCAGCAAUUCAGCAGGAUAAUCUUGGGGGAGAAACAUCUGUUGGGAUGGAAACAGUAACAUUGUGGCUGACCAGAUGUCAUUUGCAUGUGAAAAUUCUCCAUAAACCAAGUUGACGUGUCAACCAGGAGUAGCUUAUUGAAGACCCUCCUCUGUGCAUCGCUCUUGCCCCUGCUCAUCAUGUUGUACAUGUGAAUACAAGGCUAUGAUCCCUUUUUUUCUCAGAAUUGAGAAACGCAGUGAGGAGCUUGGAAAGACGACAUCAUCCCUCCCAUUGAGACAACAAGCAGGCUUGGUUCCUGCUUCAAAGAAACAAAUAAAUUCCACAACCUCAGCAUUGCUCUCCUGUAAGACAACCCAAUGUAGUGCAGACUCGACAUGGGCCCUCUGUGUCACCCCUGAGAGACUCAGGGACAAAGAGACAAAGGGAACCAAUACAAACAGGCUAACUUUCCUUGGAGGAAGGGAAUAAUCAAGUCACUGGUCCAAAAGUAUUGGUGAUGGAGACGUGGCUUCCUGGAAGAGGCAGAACAGUAGUGGCCAGGCUGGGUGGAAAGACAGAAACACAUCUGGAAUCCAGUAAUGAAAGCUCUUCCCCAGACAUUUGCCCAUGUUUGGGGCAAGAAGAGGGAACAAGGAUCCCUGCUGUCCUACUUCUUAAUGAGGCGCAACACAGACGCACCAGCGACAUGGGAGCAGGAAACCAUACAGGAGUAUCACAGUUCCUCCUCCUGGGCCUCUCAGACGAUCCUGACCUGCAGCCCCUCCUCUUUGGAGUGUUCCUGUCCAUUUACCUGGUCACUGUGCUGGGGAACCUGCUCAUCAUCCUGGCCAUCAGCUCAGACCCCCACCUCCACACCCCCAUGUACUUCUUCCUCGCCAACCUGUCCUUUGUUGACAUCUGUUUCAUCUCCACCACUGUCCCAAGGAUGCUAGUGAACAUCCAAACACAGAGCAAAGGCAUCUCCUACAUAGGGUGACUCACUCAGGUGUAUUUUUUUUUUUUUAUUUUUACUGUAAUGGAUAGUUUUCUCCUGACUGUGAUGGCCUAUGACUGGUUUGUGGCCAUCUGCCAUCCCCUGCACUACAUGGUCAUCAUGAACCCCCGCUUCUGUGUCCUCCUGGUUCUGAUGUGUUGGCUCGUCAUUUUCUGGGUUCCCCUGAUUCAUAUUCUACUGUUGAGGCGGCUGAACUUCUGUACUGGCACUGAAAUUCCACAUUUCUUCUGUGAACUGGCUCAGAUUCUCAAGGUGGCCUGCUCUGACAUCCUCAUCAAUAACAUCUUCUUGUUUGUGGCCACUGCCCUGCUGGGUGUGUUUCCCCGCAUUGGAAUCCUCUUCUCUUACUCUCGAAUUGUCUCCUCUUUAAUGAAAAUCUCCUCUGCAGUGGGCAAAUAUAAAGCAUUAUCCACCUGUGUGUCUCACCUCUCUGUGGUUUCCUUGUUCUAUGGGACAGGCGUGGGGAUCUAUCUCACUUCUGCUGUGACCCAUUCUCCCCAGAGAAGCUCCAUCGCCUCAGUGAUGUACACCGUGCUCACCCCCAGGCGGAAACCCUUCAUCUACAGCCUGAGGAACAAGGAUGUGAAGGGGGCCCUGGGAAGGCUCCUUGGUUUAGGUACCACUUGUCUGUGAGGGGCCACUGGCCUCAGAACUAAGUGGACACUGUGGGCUGCAAAAACAAAUUUUGUGAAUUUAUAUCUCCUGAUUUUCUUUUCCCUUAAAAGACAUGCUUCAUUUCUUCCAUUCUCAAAGCAAUUAUGACUUUGCUUUUAUUUGUGUUUGUAUUAGUUUCUGCUCAACACCCUCCUCAGUAAUUCCUUUUGACUUUUGCUUCCUAUUUGCAGCCCAUACAUUUCCAUCUUGGGCUGGGUUUCUUACAGCCAUUCUGGCGAUUUCCAACAUUAGAUUUGAAGCACUUAUACCACGUAUGGCAUGGUUUCCCCCCAAAUUAUCCUCUCAAAUGUUCAUGUUCUUCAUGUUAAUUUUUCUGUGUGUUUGCUUUUCUCUGGAAGAAAUGGAAUGAAAAUCACACAACAGUCAUAACCAAAGUGCUUCACAUACCAAGGCUGUUCUUGUUCUGUGUACGUUUUAUGUUAUCUUGACAAAAUUUCAAAAGGUGUUUUCUCUCAUUUAUCUCAUUUUUCAAACAGAUUGGGAAUGGAAUAGAGUCUACCUUGAAAACCUAACACUAUGCCCACAUUCCUAACUUUGCUAUCCAACAUUUUCCUGAAGACUGUGAGAUAUUCAGCUUCAAGAGUGGGAAUCUAGUUUUGAGUUAGUUUUUUCACAUGAUUCAUAGAAGUAUAUAGCAUAGAAUAAUUAUGAGAUAUUGCUUCAUUCUUUGCCUUCUUUCUUCCUCCCUCCCUCCCCCUCCCUCCCUUCCUUUCCUCUUUCUUUUGUUU